AUGCAGAUGCUCAAGAUCACCGCAAUUCUGGCUUUCGCUGCCACCUUCGCUGCCGCCGCCCCCAGUGCAAGGCUCAAUGGCGUUGCAAAGCGCCAAACUACCGAGUUUGGCCCAUACCCAGAGGAUGACUACAAUACCAAACGCCAAACUACCGAGUUUGGUCCAUAUCCCGAGGAUGAUUACAACACCAAACGCCAAACUACCGAGUUUGGUCCUUAUCCCGAGGAUGAUUACAACACCAAGCGCCAAACUACUGAAUUUGGCCCAUACCCUGAGGAUGACUACAAUACCAAACGCCAAACUACCGAGUUUGGUCCAUAUCCCGAGGAUGAUUACAACACCAAGCGACAAACUACUGAAUUUGGCCCAUACCCUGAAGAUGACUACAACACCAAGAGACAGACCACUGAGUUCGGUCCUUACCCAGAGGAUGAUUACAACACCAAGAGACAGACCACUGAGUUCGGUCCUUACCCAGAGGACGACUACAACACCAAGCGUCAGACCACCGAGUUCGGCCCUUACCCAGAGGACGAUUACAACACCAAGCGUCAGACCACCGAGUUCGGCCCAUAUCCUGAGGAUGACUACAGCAACAAGAAUUAA